UAACAAGUAGACAUGUCACACACUGAUAACAAUUUACAAUAAAUGCAAUAGUGUGCAUAUAUUUAUAUAUAUUAUUGAUUUCUUACUUGAAUUACCCGAUACGAUACGCAAACUGACAUUUGCUGCAAUCAAGCUACAUAAUGGCAUUUUCCUCCUAAAAUAGAAUUGUAUAUACAAGAUUUGGAGAUGUAAUGGGGACACUGAAGUGCGACGAUCCUUUCGCUGAUGUGUGAUGGUCUAUAUGACGCGUGUAGUAAGUUCAAUUCUACAGAAUAAUAAUGACAACGGACCACAAGAAAGAAGAAGACAAUUUUAAUCGAAUUCAAGUAAUUAUUCAAAAACAUGGAACUUACGUUCAGAGGAAGUUGAUAGAACACCAUCUAUCAAAACUAGGUUUAUCAUUUACAAAUCUGCUCGAUAAGUAUGGGCAUGAACUUUAUCAUUUAUGUUAUACCAUGUUCACAUGUUGUCAGUGUGGCACACUUGACUUUUUACCGAAUCGCAGAAUUUUUUCUCCAAGGGAUUAUGAAAGUCUUUUCGAGAAAAAUGGAACGAGUCGCCUUAGUGGCCACAAAGUUACACGUGGGCCUCGUAACUGCUGCAAUUAUGCGAAAUCAAACAUAAGUCCAAACGAUUUAGAUUUUAGUUUGCUUGCUAAAGUUAUUCCUUAUUGUUGUGAGGAUCUGUUCUGGCAUCAUUGUCUAAAAGCGAAAGGUAGAACAUUAGAACAGUUUUUAAAUGAAAAUAAACACGACGUAUACCACAUGUGGAAAAAAGAUCUACCUUGUCCUUUGUGCAAAAAUGGAACAAUUCCACAACCACCAAAAACGUUAUACUUAACAGAAAAUAAUUGGAACUGUCUUUUUGUAUCACAAAACACCCCAUUAUAUCCAUCUUCAUUUAGCGCAAAAAGUGGAAUAAUGCUCAGUCAGCUUAAUCCCCACCUUCGCUUUUCUCUAAUUUUGACAUUCAGUGAUAUCAUUGAAUCAAUAGAGUCUUUAAGGGUCUUCCGAAACAAAUUUGCUCAUUCUGUAGAUUUCAAAUUAACAACAUGUGCAUAUGAAAGUAUAAGGUCAGAUAUUGAAAAUGCCAUUCUACUCAUAGCCGAUGUUUAUGGACUGAGAAAAGAAGUUCAAUGUGAAUUGUCAAAGGCUAGCAGACCUGAAUUUGCUUUAUCUGAAGUUGAACUGAAAUCAAUACUACAGGAAUUACAAAACAAUACUGUAAGUUGUUAAUACUAUGAUAAUAAGUAUAAAUAUUUCACUAGAUUUUCUUGAAAUAUAUAUAUGAACAUUGUUUGUAUAUACUGUG